AAUUAGUAGUUUGUAUUACUACGCCCAGCCGUUCUACAUGUUCUUGGCAAAGCCGAGAAAUUUAUUUGUUUUGAUUGUAAUCAUCAUCUGUUAACAAGACAAGGAGUUGUUGUUUUAUGCAAAGUUCCCGAUCUAUGAUCUGAAACCUUUUGAAUCCCCUUUGUUACGACAUGACCUUGUAAUUGAGUUGUUUAUGACGCUUACCCCAUCCACUGUCUGCCAUGUCCACGAUCAACAGCAAAAGAAACCGAGGUGGCCGGAUAAAUUCUGGGAGCCGCACUGAUAAGAGACAAAUAUAUACUCAAGAUAGGCCACCAAGAAACAGAGGUCCAGUUAUUGAAAAGAGUAUUGAUGGAGUAUACAAGAAUGCAAGAUUAACUCAUGUUAUAUUUUCAAUGGUGGGAACUGUUGUCCGGGUACAAGUGAAAAAUGGGAUUAUUUAUGAAGGAAUUCUGAAAACUGUUUCUGCAGGAGGAGACACUGUAAUAGAUUAUGCCCACAUGGUAGAAGAGAAUGGGAAUGAAGGACAGUCACAAUCCUCGACACCAUCUAAAGAACGAAUUAUAACAAAGCUGGUUGUGAAGUUCUCAGAUCUCGUAUCUAUUAAUGCUGCUAACCUAGAUCUGGAUUACGCUGUGAAGGAUUCAUUCACCGACACAGGCAUCAGUAAAUAUAAUGGUGAAAUAAAGGACAAAGAAAUGAAAGAGUUGCAGCCAUGGGAAUCUGAGGGUGGAGACGAGAUUACAUUAGAUGGAACAGGAGAUAAGUCUUCGAAUGGUUGGGAUCCCAACGACAUGUUCCAUACAAAUGCUGUACAGUUUAAUGUACAGUCGUCCUAUGAUGACUCGCUGGAGCAAUAUACGACAAGGUUAGAGAGAGGGAAUUCAGAAGAGUACAGACGUCGUGAACAACAAGCAUCAAAGAUAGCGGCUGAGAUCGAGCGAUGUGAGUCAUACAAGAAGCAUAUAGCUCUGGAGAACGGAGAAGGGGAUGAUGAAGAGGCGGCAUUCAGCUCGGUUGUGCGACCUGGAGAAUCCAGUAGUCAGUCACAGCCAACUGGUACUGGAGGGCCAGGAAAAUAUAUACCUCCAAACAAACGUGCUAUGGGAAGUGGUGGGAAGUCAAGUCGUGGAGGCUAUGUAGCUCAGUCAAACCGCAAUAUACCCAGUCAGUCUCCACAAACCACUCAAGUGUCUUCACAACCCACUGUAGAUAAUGUUAACGGAGAAGAGACUGGGCGACCGACAAUACCUGUAUCUACAGCAGGGCCUACAGUUAAAACUAGUCCGGUAGGUCACGAUCACGGACCUCCACCUGUCACAGACAAACCAGAUCACGUGCCACAUGCAACACACGCUAAUAAAGUAGAAGGGAAAAAAUCGCUGAAAGGAUACAACAAUGUUGGAAGAAAUCUACCUCAUACAUGGAGAGAUGAACAGAUAAAAGAAUUAAAAGAAUUUAGUUCAAAAUUUAAGCUGGAUGAUAAUAAAGAUACUUCAAAAGAAAAAGAUAAAGAAAAAGAACACAAUACAAAAGACAAUAAAGAGAAAGCUAGUUUAGAACGUAAAGAGAGUGUAAGUGAAGAGAAAGAUACUGGUUCAGAGAAAGUAAUAACAGAGAGUAAGGAAAGUUCACAGUCUACAGUGCCAGUGACAUCAGCUCCACAACAAGUGGCACCAUCAGCGGAGGAGAAGAAAACGGAGGCCAGUUCAUCUGCGCAAGCAGAGUCAAGUUCAGAGCCUGCGCCAGAGACUGGUUACAAAAUAUUGGAGGUAUCUACUUUAAAUCCAAAAGCAGAUGAAUGGGUUCCCAGGCAGCAACAGCAGCAGCAGCAGCAACAGUCUUUCCAACCAAAACAAGCAAGUCAGCAGCAGAUACCUACCCCGCCCCGUCCCCAGACCCAGAGUCCCAUGAACAUACCACUGAGCAUCCCGGCCCAGCCGGUGUACCCCAGUCCGGGCCAGCAUUACAUUAUGCCCCCUCAACAUCAGCAGAUGGUGCUUAACAACCCUGCGGCCGCAGCAGCAGCUGGUCAACCACAGUAUAACGUCAGACCUAAAAGAGCUGUUGUAUCUGUGAAGCCGGACUAUACAGCAUCGGCAGUUCAAGCAGCAACUGGUCAGCCAUUGUUAGCACAGUCUGCGCAGCCAGGAUAUAUACAGUAUAUACCACAUCAAAUGAUGCCCCCACAACCUACAGGAUACCAAAUGGGACAGCAGGUGAUGCCAAUGCCUGCUGCUAAUCCAUCAAGUCAAAGGUUCAUGACCCCAACCUCUGUUCAGGGACAUCAGCCUUCCAGUAUCCAGCAUGGCACGGGAAUUGAGCAGAGCAACCCAGCACUACAGGCUUCACAAGUUUAUAUGACACAGCAAAAUCAACAGGGGCCCAUGCCAGCUCACAUGUCACAUGCGUCACAUUUUAACCAUCCUAACCACAUUAUUAUGUCAAAUCCCAACACCCAACAGCCCCAACAGAACUCACAGAUGAACCCCCCUCCCCCUACAGGCGCCACCGGUCACCAUCAUCCGGCACCCAGUCCAGUACAUACAAACCCCAACCAGCAGUCGAUGAACCCUGGUCCACAUCCCCCAUCAUCAGGCACGCCCCAGCCCCCUCAGGGCUACCCACAAAAUGCACUACAAGCUCAUCCCCCAUUGCAACCAAGCCCCCAUAAUCCCACGUCGCCUCAGACCAUGCAGCAGAUGCACUUCCAACAGUACACGUCUCACGGGCACCCGAUGCAGAUGCAGGGCUCGGCGGGCGGUCAACAAUUCUCCGUCCCACAGCAGUCUUCAGUGCCGACGUCGGUAACAUACAGUAUGCAGGCACAUACACACCAGUCACCACAUAUGCAACCACAAAUCGUGAUGAUGCCGCCGCCAGGAGGGAUGAAUCAUCCACAUAUACAUAAUUCUCAAUUCCAGGGACACCCAAUGCCUGGAAGCAUGCAACAACAGUUGAUGUCACAAUCUGGUGUUCAAAGUCUUACAGGACAGACCCCGGGGCAGGGACCCCACCACCAGAUGCAGCAUUUUAUCCCACAGGUCCAACAUCCCGGGGGCCAGCACGUGCAGAACUACCAACCCUCGCAGUAAAUACAAUAAAUCGUUAAAACUCUCGAAAAUACAAAAUCAUGAUUGACUGCAGCCGCGCUGACUAGUGCCCUGCACGUGAGGCCCGAACAUUUCAUUGUACAACACCUGCGAAAAUGAUGUAGUGAAUACAUGUGCGAGUAUGAUGAUGAUGUGAUUGACCCUAUCUCUCUCUUUCUUUGCCCCGCCCAUACGCAGCAUUUAUGAUGAUGUUGACACGUGAAGAAAAUAACAAACAUUUUCGCUGUAACACGUUACCUUGUGUUGUUACAAAGCGGAAUUAUUCUGUUAUGACAUAUCUGUCUUUAAUUCUUCUUUUCAUAUCUUUUUUUUUUUUUUAUGCAAAAAUGGCGUUAGAAAGCACUUUUUGCAUCUUAGUUUCAAUUCAGAGUCUGUUUCAUACAACCUUUACGCUACUCUUGCUUUGUUAAGAGUGCUAAAUUUGAAAAAAAGGUUGCGAAAAUUGGUCUUUGUUUAUUUUUCAUGCCUCUAGUUGUUUACAAAGUACAGAGUUUAUAAUUGUUGAAAGUUAUUUCAAAGAUUAGAGAGGAACAAAGUCUUAAAUCAUUGGGGUGAACAGUAGUACGUUACUUUCAGCCAGAAGUCUUUGUUUCUUGUCAUAAUGAGGAAAUGCAAAUUACACAUGGACAUUUUGUUAAUUUAAAAUUAAAAGUGAUUGUCGCCUCAAUGUGAAACUGUUUUGAACUGUUCAUUAAUAUUCCUACUUGGCCAUUUGUUUUUCUAUGAAACAAAGAAGGCAAAGUGUAAUGUUGUUAUAUGGUAAAAAUAAGUAAAUCAGCUCUUCCAAGAAUUGACUUGUCCAAGAAAAGCUUGCUGAAAAAUAUGUUUUAUGUUGUGGAUGUUGCAAGAUUCAAACUGAUACAUCCCCAAUGGUGAUUUUAUUGCUGAAUAACGUAAUUGUUGUUUAGAAGCUUGUCAUUAUAACAUAAUUUGUUUGCAUCUAAACUCGGGAUUUUAUUCAGCGAUAAAAAACACUGUUGGUAUAUUAUUUGUUCGAAUUAAAGAGGCAGGUAGAAUAGUUUCACAUUAUAGUUCUUUCUCCUGUGAAAUUAACUGGUAUGUUUAUGUUAGAUUUUCACCUCGUAUCUUUGUAAAAUGGCAGUGACAAGUUGAAAAAGUGUUCAAAAAUUGUUAUGUAUAUUAUGGGCAGGUUUUCAAAGCAUUUAAUCGGAAAAACACAUUUACAAUUCAUUGUAGUAUAAAAUAAAAGUUGCCUACAUUUGCUGGUGCAUUGAUGUAACAAACCACUACCAAAACGGUUAUUUAAAUCAGAGAAAACAUUUUGCGUUCGUGUUUUACCCAUUUAAAUAUGAAUUUUUGCACGAAAUUUCUUGUCCUCUUAUGUUGCGUCAUAAAUUUUGAUUUAGUGUUCUUUCCUCCCAUAAAUAUUCGUAGCAUUUUUCAAUUUUUAGACACGUUUUUGUUCUUGUCACUGUAAGUAUAUGUACCUGCAAAAUGUGAUAAUUGGUAUGAAUGUGAUCAUUUUAAACAUUAAAUAACCUGGUCCUGGUGUUCUAAAAAUAAGUUUGAAGACCAGUCUGGGAAUGCAGCCUUGCCAUUGGUCAAUUUUGAAAUUGAUCUCGGAAACAACCAGUCACUUUCUGGAGUUUCGAGACUGGUCCUCAAAACUUGGUUUUUACAACCUCGGGCCAAAUUUGUUAAGUUAUACUUAACAACUUCUGAUGUAACUUAAACCAUUAUUCUUUGGAAAUAUUUUUGUUAAUUCUGUGCAGUUUAUUAUAAAUUUUGCAGUUUUUUGUGAGCACUGAAAAUUUUCUUUCAUAUUUUAUUCAAUUUAACGGCGUAAUGAGAAACUUCAGUACCAUAGGGAGGAAUUGAUUCCAAGCCAUUGUAUCUAAUCAAAUUUAUUUUAACUUUGUAUAAAGAUAAGUACACUUGCAGCAAAAACGGUUUUUACAUAAAACAUACAUGCAGAUAACCAUUUGUUCUAUUUGGCAAUCGCAUCGUAUAUGAUUGUUCCAUUAAAACCCAUCAAUUCUGUCUUGUACGUCAGAUUUUCUGACAUCUCUUAACAUAAUUUUGUUCUCAUGUCCUUUGUUUAAAUGUUGAACAAAAUGGGAUGAAUGUCUUGUUUAUUUGCAUUGCUACCUUACUGUUUGAAAUUAUGUAAUUUGGAGGGAGAAUAGUUAGAGAAGAAGUUGUUGCAAUAUAGAGAGCGGUGGGGAGUUUUUAUACUGAAAGUUGUCAAAAAGCAUUUUUUUUUUGACAUCAUGUUGAGCAUAUUCAGCCAACUGUGACAUUAUUAUAAAUGUGUCUUAUAUUUAGAAAUCAUGUGACCUGUGUCGGUUCACAUGACUGUCAUGUGACAGUUGAAUUUUCUGUCAUGUGAUGCUUUGUUUAGCCAAUCAUGUGUCAUAUUCAAAUGAGGAAACUACCAUAUAGUUGAACGUUGAGAGAGAGAUGAUUUUAACUUAAAAACCAAGAGAUAGCAUAAACUCCUGCAUUUUAAAAUGGAGCAAAUGUCUUUAAAAAGAAAAAAAUAAAUGAUAAAAUCCCAA